AUUCCGUCAGGCUACAGCGGUCAGCAGACGUUACAGUCGUGGGUUUAUGUUUAUGGCUGAAAGCGACGCAGCAUAAUACCGUUAAGGGAAACCACUUUCUAGUCACUAACAGUAGGAAACAUCAGCGGCACGGUGGGAACGUGGACUUUCUCGCUGCAUAGGAUGGAAAGGACUUCUGGCAUGAAUUUGUCAGAUGAGGAGGAUUAUGCGGAUAUCCAGGUCUAUUUCUCCAAGACUGAAUGGAUUCGGCUGCAGAGAUGCGAGAAGGUGCACUACAGGAGCAUGAAGAGGAACCACCAGGCCAUGUUGGAUAUGGGGUUGAAUUCCAUCACCCCAUUGUUCAUGAGAAGAAACCAAUCCAGGAGGGUGAUGGCGGAAAGGCUGGGCGAUGAUAAACACAGCGAUUCAGAGGAGUUGAUUCUUCACCUUCUGAGAAGGAGCCCGGGUAACAUGGUGAGACAAGAUGAAACUGCCAAUUGGAGGACUCCUGCUGUGAUGGGCCAUUUCUGUGUAUCUCUUUCACAACAUGCAACAGGAACUGGGACCUUUAUACUAAGGCAUGGCUGGUGCAAAAAGUUCCAGACAUCUUCCUGCAGUAAAACCAGCUGCCGUACAAACCAGAAACCUUCCCAGCAGGGAGUCGGAGAGGUUAAAAAACAGGAGGGGGAAUACCCGAUAUCUGUGGGUGAAGGGACUGCGAAUGAGAGCCCCUACAAGGAAUGUGUGAAGGGCGCAGAAGUUCAGGAUGUGACUGAGGUGGAGCCGACUGGUUCGCUUCCGUUACACACUGAUGGGAGGAGCAAAGAUUGUGUGAAACCUCCAAAACCAGCAAGGAGAGCGUAUGAAUCUGCCCAAACCUUCGCUUGUUCUCAGGAUCCAUCCUCCUACACUGCAGACAUUGCCCUGCACAGACAUAUCAAAAUACCUCACCCCAAGGACUAUGUCAGACAGCUGAGGACUGGAUCUGUCAACACAACCCAGGAUUCACAAACUUCUGCUGGCCCCAGUGCCGCUCAGCCCAGUAAAGACACACUCAGUACCCUGGAAGAAGCCAGUAAAGACGCACUGACAGCACAGCAGGGUUCCCAGGGUAAGAAGACUUUCAAUAUAAACAGAGACUGUAAAACACACAGGCGGACUCGAACAGAGAAGUCCCAUCGGUGUUCUGAGUGUGGGAAGAGCUUCAGUCAUUUAGGAAAUCUAAAGACACACCAACGGAUUCACACAGGGGAGAGGCCCUACCAGUGCUCCCAGUGUGGGAAGAGCUUCAGUCAUUUAGGAAACCUAAAGGUGCACCAGAAGACUCACACAGGGGAGAGGCCCCACCAGUGCUCCCAGUGUGGGAAGAGCUUCAGUCAUUUAGGAGCCCUAAAAACACACCAGAUGACUCACACAGGAGAGAAGCCCCACCAGUGCUCCCAGUGUGGGAAGAGCUUCAAUCAGUUAGGAAACCUAAAGGUGCACCAGAAGACUCACACAGGGGAGAGGCCCCACCAGUGCUCCCAGUGUGGGAAGAGCUUCAGUCAUUUAGGAGCCUUAAAGACACACCAGAAGACUCACACAGGAGAGAGGCCCCACCAGUGCUCCCAGUGUGGGAAGAGCUUCAGAGUGUUAGGAAUCCUAAAGAGCCACCAGCGUAUUCACACAGGAGAGAGGCCUCACCAGUGCUCCCAGUGUGGGAAGAGCUUCAGUCAGUUAGGACACCUAAAGAGCCACCAGCGUAUUCACACAGGAGAGAGGCCCCACCAGUGCUCCCAGUGUGGGAAGAGCUUCAGUCAUUUAGUAACCCUAAAGAGACACCAGAAGACUCACACAGGAGAGAGGCCCCACCAGUGCUCCCAGUGUGGGAAGAGCUUCAGUCACUUAGGAGCCCUAAAGAUACACCAGAAGACUCACACAGGAGAGAGGCCCUACCAGUGCUCCCAGUGUGGGAAGAGCUUCAAACGUUUAGGAGCCCUAAAGAGACACCAGGUGACUCACACAGGGGAGAAGCCCUACCAGUGCUCCCAGUGUGGGAAGAGCUUCAGUCACUUAGGAAGCCUAAAGGUGCACCAGAGGACUCACACAGGAGAGAGGCCCUACCAGUGCUCCCAGUGUGAGAAGAGCUUCAAUCGUUUAGGAGCCCUAAAGAUACACCAGACGACUCACACAGGAGAGAGGCCCCACCAGUGCUCCCAGUGUGGGAAGAGCUUCAGUCACUUAGGAGCCCUAAGGAUACACCAGAGGACUCACACAGGAGAGAGGCCCUACCAGUGCUCCCAGUGUGGGAAGAGCUUCAAUCGUUUAGGAGCCCUAAAGAGACACCAGAUGACUCACACAGGAGAGAGGCCCUACCAGUGCUCCCAGUGUGGGAAGAGCUUCAGUGAUUUAAGAAACCUAAAGACACACCAGCGGAUUCACACAGGGGAACCCUACCAGGGCUCCCAGUGUGGAAAAAGAUUCAGUGAGUUAGGACCCCUAAAGAAGCACCAGCGGAUUCACACAGGAGAGAGGCCCUACCAGUGCUCCCAGUGUGGGAAGAGCUUCAAUCAGUUAGGACACCUAAAGAGCCACCAGCGUAUUCACACAGGAGAGAGGCCCUACCAGUGCUCCCAGUGUGGGAAGAUCUUCAAUCGUUUAGGAGCCCUAAAGAGACACCAGAAGACUCUCACAGGGGAGAGGCCCUAUCUGUGCUCCCAGUGUGGGAAGAGCUUCAGUCAUUCAGGAACCCUAAAGUAGCACCAGCAGAUUCAACACAGGAGAGAUGCUCACAGUAGAUGUCUUAUAUUUUUAUAUGUAUGGACAUAAAUAAUUCACAUAUUUUGGCCAUUUUUAAUUGUAUUUGCAUAUAUUUUCUAUUAUUCUAAGUACCAGAGUUGAGGUUGGAUUGUUCCAUUACGACUUUUUUGUUUUGAAAAUUUGAACCAGACUAGUGUUACACAGCAUUCUUCAUCAACAUUCCAAAAGCAAUAUGUUUUCUUUUAUACUCAUUUAGGGAAUUUCAGGUGAUAACCAGUCCCACACCUCAUCCUGAAAAUUUUGGCAAAGACGCAGUCAAAGAAUAAAUGAUUAGAAGUG